AUGUCCUCCUCCCAAUCCUACCACAGUCACUCCGCAACGUCUCGCCAAUUCCCCGCCUACAACCCCGUCGCCGCCGUGACAGCGCCCGCCGGGACUUUUCUCCCGGGAACCAAGGUCCAGGUGGGCAGCCACCGCGUGGUUGUUGACAAAUACCUCUCUGAAGGUGGAUUUGCUCAUGUCUACGUGGUGCGGUUGCCGCAGCCGAUCAAUGGCUCGGAGACGGCGGUGCUGAAGCGGGUGGCCGUGCCCGACAAGGCGGCCCUGGCUAGCAUGCGCACCGAGGUGGAAACAAUGAAGAAGCUCAAGGGCCACCGGCACAUCGUCAAAUACAUUGACUCUCAUGCCUCGCAGCUACGCGGUGGCGGGUAUGAGGUUUUCCUGCUUAUGGAGUACUGCGGGGGCGGCGGUCUCAUCGACUUCAUGAACACCCGGCUCCAGCACCGCUUGACUGAGCCUGAGAUCAUCAAGAUAUUCGCCGAUGUCGCCGAGGGAGUCGCGUGCAUGCACUACCUCAAGCCACCUCUACUCCACCGCGAUCUCAAGGUUGAGAACGUGUUAAUCUCGCGCUCUGGAGGCUCGUCCUGUUACAAACUGUGCGAUUUUGGUUCUUCGGCGCCCCCGCGCCCAGCCGCCAAGUCUGCCGCUGAGGGUCGACUGAUUGAGGACGAUGUUCAGCGACACACGACGCUGCAGUACCGCAGCCCGGAGAUGAUCGACGUCUACCGGAAACAGCCGAUUGAUGAAAAGAGUGAUAUCUGGGCCCUUGGUGUUCUUCUGUACAAACUAUGCUAUUAUACCACCCCCUUCGAAGAGGUGGGCCAGAUGGCCAUCCUCAACGCGAGCUUCAAAUUCCCCGCCUAUCCUUCUUUCUCGGACCGGCUGAAGAUGCUCAUCGGUAAGUUUGAGACGGAUUAUGUGAAUUCGAACAGCUGGCUAAUCACUAGAGCAGCAUCAAUGCUCAAGGAAAAUCCACAGAAACGCCCCAACAUAUACGAGAUCGUGCGUGAUGCAUGCCAAAUGCAGGGCAAGGAGGUUCCUAUUCGAGACGUUAUUGCCCCCACCCCCACUGAAGCCCCGGCGGUGGGCGCGGUAUUCUCGCCUCCAAUCCAGGAAACUCAAAUUAUUCCCGAAAUUGCACCCAUGCGACGGGGUAGACCCGGGAAACCCCAGUCAUCGCAGAAUAAUUCAGCCAAGCCGAGUCCGUCUCCGUACCGCAGAACCACGGGGAGCUCAUCCACCGAUCCGUUCGCCGCUCUGGAUGGCGGUGCAGCUCGAGGGAGGAGGUCUGCAGACGAGCUAUCAAAUCGAUUCCCGACCUUGGAUCAGUUCGAUAUCUUGCACGAGAAAGGUGACAAAUUCGACUUUGAGGCGACGGCGGAGCCCAAAUCAGAGGAAGAAGGUCUCUCCCAGAGGCUCACCAAUGCCUUGGCAGAUGAAGCUUUCGCCCAGCGGCCUGCGUCUGAGGCCGAACAGAAACCAGUGGUCAACCAACCAUCACAAGCCUCUCCCACGCGGUCACCCAACCUCCGCGAAGUACAACCUGGAAAGUCAGCCCCCCUGUACCAGCCGACUCCUCGGCGGCCUGCUAUUGUUUCGACGGGGACCAUGACUUCGCCUUCCCAGACGCCUCGGCUGCAGGAGCCCAAGCUCUCCAGCCGUCCCAUUUACCGGUUCCCCGCAGCCGAACAGGAACGACGACCGUCCAGCCAGUCUAGAGUGUUUGACGAAGAACGAAAAGCGUCGGGGUCUCACAAGGUCCCGUCGCCUCCGAUAUCAAGCCUGAAGCCUGAGGGCGACCCCCGAUUAUUAUCGUCGGAUCGCUUAUCCAGCCAGUCGAACUCCGCACGUCCUUCCAUGGAAACCUUGCGACGACCGUCGGCCUUGGAAGUGGGCGACCCGGUCGGCCGGUCCAAGUCUGCCGUCGCCAAACCACGUCCCGUCUCAGUGCAGCCCGGGGCGAAAUAUGACCUACCGCUCGACUCCGAGACUACGCGCUCCUCAUUGGAUUUGUCGCGCAUGCAAUACGAGGGCGGGGCACCACUACGGCCGGUACGUACUGAGGUGGACUACGAGCGCGCCAACAUCUCUUCGGAUGUCGAUUACCUUCGAGCAAAGGAGGAGGAAGAGAGUCAGCGGAAACGCGAGAAACGGGCCAGUGGUGGGCCCAAACACAACAAGCGCGGCAGCUUGUCGAACCUGUCACUCUCCGGAAGCAAGACCUUACUCGCUGGUCGAUUCGGCGAGGCGUUCCGCCGGUUCGAAGGAAGUAAUCAGGACAAACCCGCGACGCCGUCGGCAGAUGAGGUGCCUCAGCAGCAGAGUCUGCUCGGCAGCCCUGAGAUGUCAGAUUCGACCGAGGACAGGCUAUCACCAGAUGAGGAUUUUGCUCUGGAGGAUGUGGACCGCGAUGACAUUUCCCCAGAGAUGCGCCGGGAGCUCGAGCGCCGUCGUCUCUCCCAGGAGGAGAAGCGAGUUGCCAACGCAGCCGCAGAAUACCGGCGCCGGGUCGCCGAGAGUGGUGACGCUGGAGGGCGAGGGAACAACGAUGGACCUCGGUCUCGCGCGAUCCAGAACAAAGUGCAGACAUUGUUCAGCGAGUCCAGCAAACCGGUUGCUCCAAAGACGGCGACCGGGUACGGACGAUUUACGGAAGACUCCCCUACUGCUUUGCAGGCAAAGCAGAUUGAGCCACAAUCCCCUACAUCGGGUGGGCUACCCGCCUCCCGCACCCCAGGACCUAUCUACAGCACUCGUCAGGGGUCCAUGGCUCCCCCCGACCGCCGAGAAGGCGCCAGUGCUCCUGCCAGACUUGUGCCCACCGCCACCUCGUCGACGGGCUACUCUGCCGGAGCGCGGCCCGCUGCACGUCCUGCUGCGCCGCCCAAGCCCAAGAAUCUGCGGGCUGGAGCCCAGGAUCCCCCCGACCGGGCAGCGGCCAUCAACCGAGCUACCAAGCGAACCCGGCAAGCCCCAGGGACGACUGGGAAGCCAAUUUCAGCCGGCGGUUCCCUAGCCUGUCUGGAAUCGAGAUGGAGACGGAGAUUGAGAUCGCGAAAUACCCCAGCUUGA